UUCGCGUUCGAGAGAAUAAAUUCAUCAUUCCUUUCAUUGUAUUCCCGUUCGCGUUAACACAAAGGGCGUUUGCCGGCCGACGCGACGUAACAAAUUUAGCCCUGCCUUCUCUCCGUGAAACAGUUUAAUCGGGAGAGAUCGCUGGCUGAGAACGCGGGGCAAAAAUCAAGAGAAACGAAUCACGGAGGCCGUGACGGGGGAAAUUCCUGUCCCGGAAGAAAACUGAAUUUCCUCUCAGUUGACCAACAACGGUUCUCCGGCGAAAAUUACUGUCGUUCGAUUUUCGUUCUAUCUGUGAAACGGGGUCACACAAAAUAACCAGCCGUUUUCCAUGAACGAAUCCGAGUCUCUUCCCUAUUCGCUACUACGUGUAAACGAUUUUGCCUGACUUCAUUAUUUCAGUUGCCCAUCGAGAACUUCGCAUAUCGAUACGUCACAAAGACAUCGUGGUGACAGUCUGUUUAUCAGUUUAAAACACGUUUGCAUACCUUUUACUAUGCAUAUGAAAGAAUGAUCACGUAGAAUCAGUGGAAGAAGAAAAAGUGUGACUCGCACGAAGAUGUUGCAUCGAGAAAAGCGUGUCUGGCGGACAAUGCAGACGUCCUUCGAGGAAGGAAUCGCGUGUUACGCCAUUUGGCUGGAACUCAUUCGAAGAAGGAGGCCAUAGAACCACCUGUAAUGAAACCAGCUCCCUCCUCACGAGAACCGGCGGAUUUUCCCAGGUCGAAGGACGAGGAACGGUUCGGUUUGCGAGUGUUCGAUGCACCCACGUGUUUUAUUACUCGACCCGGUUUCCACCUUUCUGGAUCACGUUCAUAUUUUAAGAAUGACGCGUCACUGUUACUUUUCACAUACGUAAAAACUAAUUGAACGACACGAUAGGAAAACUGUUCAGCGAACAAUACUUUGAAUCGAUCGAAAUCUUCCUAAAUCUACACUGACUAGACUUCGUUUACGUUUUAUUACUUUCAACUUAAUUCGACUUCCAUUUAUCCGAACUAUUUUAAUUCAAUUACAACUAUCAGAAUUAUCUGUAUUAUUACUGUUGGUACCGAAUUCUCUGAGCCGCGAUUAGGAGCCGGGUUGAAUCAUCCCCAGGUAGAAAUUACCGAUUACGAUCGGAGACCUCGAAGCGAAGCACGCCGCGCCGCCGUCGACCGGCAAUUCACAAGUGAAGCUGACCCGUGUCGUGCAUCUUUUUUUCUUCGCGACGUACUCCAACGUAAAAUGUCUGUCUUCUUCCUGUUUUGUUGCGUCACAGUGGUCGUAACGGCUGCCGAAAAUGAUUGGGUAUGGAAAGACGGGGAACAGCAAGAGAGUAAAAUCGAUAAGAGUUAUAGGUACCAGGUGAACGAGAACGUUGAGGAUUUCGAGGAUGAGGGACCUUUGAUAGGAUUUAGACCACAAAAUACGGGAGCGUACGGUCCUAACGGCAGACCCAUUGUGCCGGCGGCGUCGUAUCCCGGCAACAAAGGGGUUCUCGUCGGUCCUGGCGGGCCGACCGGCAUUAUAAAAAGACCUCCCUACACCGGAAAUAUCGACGAAGGGGCGUUACAUUCCGGUUUCGUACCAUCUUGGGUCAAGGACGAUCCUCGAUACCGAGAAUACGACGUUUGUAGGUGUAGAUACAGUUUCAACUGCCCUUCCGCUGGAGUAAAAUUCGGGUCUUGCGCGAAAGACAAGAAAUACUGCUGUUUCAGUAGCAGACGGUAUCCGGCGUUGGUUCCUGGCUACGGCGAUGGUGCACAGUAUCCCGUGUAUCCGAGCGUUCCCAACAAGUACGGGCCGGCGUCGUUUGCGCAUCCACCGAACUAUUACGGCAAUCGAAGACCGCAGGGGAGUUUCGUCGGCGGUAAUAGAUAUCCCGGAAAUUACCAUAUCCCAGGAGAGGCUCCGAGCGCGUAUCCACGACCCCAUGGAAGUACCCCUUACGAGCAGAAUUACGAUUACAACGACUACGACUUCUACGGGCGAUCGUUGAAGAAAAACCAGACCGAGGAUGCGAGCGCGGAUCGGAAAGCUUAAGUAAGUCCCUCGGUUCCUCUCUUCUGAUUACCUCCCGCGUGGAGUUCGCGUUUCAUUUUAUACGUCUGAAUGGAAUUGAAAGAAUUAGAGUGGCGAAUAAAAGAGGACUGCGACAGUAUCGGACAGUAAAUGUUCCGAUCGAGGAUGCACUUAUUAAUUAUUCUGAUUGAACACUCGAUCACGGGUUCGCCCACGUUAAUAUAUUUAAACGAACGUCGUUAAUUCGACUGGUGAAUUUAGAUCGAGGUCCAGUAAAUUCAUCGAGCAGUCCCUCUUAUUUUUAGCCAUAGAACUCGCUGUCGAACCGUCUGUCACCAUCGCGACUAACUCGCUGCAUUUAAAACAACCACGAGAACUUUAGACGUUCGUAAAAGAUUAAUACCAAAGACUUUGUUACCACGAACAGGCUUUAAUUAACAUACAGCGCCGUUUGUCAGUAUAUCAUUGUGGCCUGUAAUCAUCUUUAUAUCAGUGUACGUAGAUUUCGUUGUAUUAAUAUGUAUAAUGUAUGCGAAAAGCUAAAUACAUUUCGUGAGAAAUU